UCCACCUGCAACUUGGUUGGGAUGUGUCCCUGAUUCGGGGAGCAAGGCCCUGUCAGCUGCUGUCUCUGUCAGCCAGGAAGGAGGAGGGCCCUCCAGCAGUGUCCCAUCCACCCUGACGGGACCCCUCGCCGUCUGCAGCACAUCCACCCACAGACUUUGGUUUCCAAGCACCCCCCUAUUCCCCUCAGCCAACAGCAGAAACAGCAAGGGCCAAGUACAGGCGAAGGUGGAUGUGGACUCAGGGUGGGCGCUGUGCUCCCCUUUCCCAGAUGGAUUGGUGGGCAUGGAGAGCUUUUGGAAGGGCCGUGUUUGUGUUGGCAGAGAAGGUUGGCUGCUGAGCCAGGGUGUGUCUCGGAGGCCUGCCAGGUUGCCUGCAUCCACCCCUCACCACCAUGGGCCGUCCAGGCUGACCAGCUGGUUCCUGCUGGAGGCACCUGGUGUCAUCUGGGAGACCAUGUCCAGGCCCCCCGACUGGCUGCUGCGGCUGCUCUGGGGCACCCCAAGGCAGCGGAUCUGCACCCUGUUCAUCAUCAGCUUCAAGUUCACAUUUUUUGUCUCUGUCAUGAUCUACUGGCACAUUGUGGGGGAGCCCAGAGGCCAAGGACAAUUCUCCAACCUGCCUGUUGACAUCUCCUGCCCCCACUUGGUGCCCCCCACACCUCCCUCCACCCCUCUUCCAGGCAACAUCUUCUUCCUGGAGACUUCAGACCGGACCAACCCCAACUUCCUGUUCAUGUGCUCGGUGGAGUCGGCAGCCAGGGCCCACCCCGGGUCCCAGGUGGUGGUCCUGAUGAAGGGGCUGCAUGGUGGCAGCCCCUCCCUGCCCCGGCACCUGGGCCUCUCGCUUCUGGGCUGCUUCCCCAAUGUGCAGAUCCUCCCGCUGGACCUGGAGGGACUGUUCCGGGACACGCCCCUGGCAACCUGGUACGUGGCUGUGCAGCGGCGGUGGGAGCCCUACCUGCUGCCCGUGCUCUCCGACGCCUCCAGGAUCGCGCUCAUGUGGAAGUUCGGCGGCAUCUACCUGGACACAGACUUCAUUGUCCUCAAGAACCUGAGGAACCUCACCAAUGUGCUGGGCACCCAGUCUCGCUACGUCCUCAAUGGUGCCUUCCUGGCCUUCGAGCGCCACCACGAGUUCAUGGCACUGUGCAUGCGUGACUUCGUGGCGCACUACAACGGCUGGAUCUGGGGCCACCAGGGCCCACAGCUGCUCACGCGGGUCUUCAAGAAGUGGUGCUCUAUCCGCAGCCUGGAUGAGAGCCACUCCUGCCGCGGCGUCACCACCCUGCCCUGUGAGGCCUUCUACCCCAUCCCCUGGCAGAACUGGAAGAGGUACUUUGAGGACGUCAGCCCCGAGGAGCUGCCCCGGCUGCUCAAUGCUACCUACGCCGUCCACGUGUGGAACAAGAAGAGCCAGGGCACACACUUUGAGGCCACGUCCAGGGUGCUGCUGGCCCAGCUCCAUGCCCGCUACUGCCCCACAACGCACGAGGCCAUAAAAAUGUACUUGUGAGGGGCCUGCUGGGGCACCUCCACCUACCCAGCACCCUAACUGGAGAAGGGCUCUUGGCCACCCUGCCGGGGAGGCAAGCUGCAAGGCCUGAGUUGCCGCAGCUGGGGAUUUGGGGCAGGAUGGAGGGACUG